ACACACACACACACACACAGACACACAGACAGGCACACCCGCAGACAAGUCACACUCUGAGACUAGGUGUACAACAAGAGAGAACUACCUGUCCUGUACUCUUGGCUGGAUGUUUAGGACGGAGAGUGCGUUUUGCAGAGGAUAAUUGGGGGGCUGUUAGAUGGCUCAGGUUUGAAGGCAAGUUUAUGGAGGUAAAAGCGAGGAUGUUCAGCAGGAAACCAGAGAUAAAUAGAGGCAAACCAAGAUGUGGGUAGAGCUGAUCUCCCCUCUCAGGAAAGUGACAGAAAGAUCUUUUCAACUUUACAACAAAGAGGAUCCCACACUUUGAUGUAUGUUUCCUACAUGGGACCAUGGUUAUGUUGAAGAUCUCCGCUUUCCUUGUUGCCUACGCCCUGGUCAUUUGCCAGAUGUAUUGCUCACAAGCCGCCCCUGCCAGACCAGGUUUAGAAUCCAUGUCGGGCCGAGUCACGCUCACGGACUACGAGGCGCGAAGGUUACUCAACGCCAUUGUGAAGGAGUUUGUGCAGAUGACAGCAGAGGAACUGGAGCAGCAGGCAACUGAGGGAAACAGCAGCGUUACAGCACAGAAGCGAGCCUGCAACACGGCAACCUGUGUGACUCAUCGCCUGGCGGACUUCCUCAGCAGGUCGGGAGGAAUGGGCAACAGCAACUUUGUCCCCACCAACGUUGGUGCCAAGGCCUUUGGCAGGCGAAGGAGAAGCAUCCAGAUGUAAGCACUGCAGAACCUUCAUGGAAAUGGGGUUGAAAAAAGAAAACACCAGAAAAAAACAAACUUAGAACAGAAACCAACAAAAACAAAAAUAAGCAGAAAAUAAACACUGAACUGGCCCUUUAACCACUCUCUCACAUUCUUAUGGAAAAAAAUAACGACACCACAGGACUUCUCGUCCCCAGUUCCAUCCUAGUAUUGAAAUCUUUUGCUUUUGUCAAAAAGAAAAAAAAAAGAGGGGGAAAAAAAGCACUUUAAUUUAUGUACAUGAACAAAUGAACUCCUGGAGAAAAAAAAACCCAUAAUAAUGGAUCUUCUUUUUUAUUACAUGUCUAUCAUUGGAAAAUAAAAUGAAAGCAGCAGUAGUUGCCACCUAA